AGUUGGUAUUAAUAUAUACUCAGGAAGUUUGGAAUAUUCUAAGCAAUGUUGGUAAUUCGUGCUGGAUCGUAAGGAAGCCAGUGACUGGGCAGAAGGCUCUAGAAAAUUAGUUGUUGUUGGAGAGCGUCCUAGAAUUGUUGAGCACGAGGUAUGGAUGCUGAAAUGACUGGAGCUACAGAAACAAUUCUUAGCCCCAGUUCUACUGCAGUAGACAUCUCACCUGAUAAAGAUUGUGGUAUAUUGAAAGAAAUAAUAAAAGAAGGUGAUGGUAUUGAAACUCCAGCCCAUGGCAGCCGAGUUUUCGUACAUUAUGUUGGAACUCUAACAGAUGGAACAAAAUUUGAUUCUAGUAGAGACAGAGGAAAGCCUUUUGAGUUCAAUCUUGGAAAGGGAAGUGUUAUCAAAUCAUGGGACGUUGGCGUUGCUACUAUGAAAAAGGGAGAAGUUGCAGUCUUCACAUGCAAAUCUGAGUAUGCAUAUGGGAAAAACGGGAACCCACCUACAAUUCCACCAGAUGCCACUCUGAUAUUUGAGAUAGAAGUAAUUGAUUGGACAGGAGAGGAUUUGAGCCAGAAGAAAGAUGGUGGCAUCAUCAGGUACCAGAUAACUAAAGGAGAGGGUUCCUCCACCCCUAAUGAAGGUGCAAUAGUAGAAGUAACAAUUGUUGGGAAACAUGGAGAUAGAGUAUUCGAAGAACGAGAGCUGAGCUACCCGUUGGGAGAAGGUUCUGAAUUUGGAAUCUGCGAUGGUCUUGAAAGAGCUAUUGAAAAAUUUAGGAAAGGGGAGAAAUCUCGAAUUGAACUGAAAGCAAAAUAUGCCUUUAAAGAAGAAGGGAAUUCAGAACUUAAUAUUCCACCAAAUGCUGAUAUUAUUUAUGAGGUUGAACUGAAAAACUUUGAAAAGGCCAAAGAAAGUUGGUCUCUGGAUAGUGCCGAGAAAAUAGAACAAGCUAAAUUCUUCAAAGAGAAAGGGACUAAUUAUUUCAAAACUGAGAAGUACCCACUGGCGUUGAAGAUGUAUAAGAAAGUUGUAAGUUUUACGGAGUUUGACUCAGGAUUUCAGGGUGAUCUUGACACAGAGCGAAAGGCGCUGUUGGUGGUGGGAUAUCUGAAUCUUGCACUGUGUCAUCUGAAACUUCAGGAUCAUGUUGAAGCUCGAGACCAGUGCGAUGAAGCGUUGAAACUCGAACCUUCCAGUGAGAAGGGCCUGUUCCGAAGGGGACAAGCAAAUCUUGGGUUAGGAGAGCCAGAAAGAGCCAAGGCUGAUUUUGAAGCUGUUCUUAAGCUGGAACCAAACAACAAAGCAGCAGCUAAUAACGUUAUCCUGUGUAACAAGAAAAUUAAAGAACAGGAAGGGCGAGAAAAAAAGAUAUAUGCUAACAUGUUUGAGAAAUUUGCUCAGAGAGACAGAGAGAAGGAGGAAGAGUGGCGGCGUAACCAGCCUGAUGUCAUGAAAACCUUAGGCGAAUGGGGUCAAGAUGAACGAGAACGUGAGAUGACAGACUUUGAACGCGAGAAUCCGAACAUCCUCAUGUUGAACAGCACUAGUGAUGAAUUCAAGAAUAUGUGAAGAGAAGGUGGCUUUUUGCACACAAAUGUUCAGUCACAUUUGCAUGAAUGGAUGGUUUGUUGAGACAAGUAGAUGAUUGCAGUGGAAAAAUGUUGCAAUAAAGUAGAGUACAACCUGUCUUUACCAGAAUUAUAAAGGAAUUACACAGUUUUCCAUUUCAAACAGGUUUUAAUUUAAUACAGACAGCGCAGACUGCUAUGUAUUUAUGAUACAAGUAAUUUGUUAAGACAUUCACGUUACAUACAUGUACUUGUUUAGUUUCUGUUUUAUCCUUCCCUUCUAUUUUUUUUUCAGAGGACAUUGACAAUUAUUAAGUCUGCCAGUUAUGGUUUACAGUAUUGGAAAUGACUUUCUGAUCUUUUGUCCAAUUUCUGUGUAUAUUAACGUUCAUCUUUACAUUCUGUAUUUCCAUUUAGAACUAUUGCUCUGUCUGUCAUCAGUGCUAUCCCUUAAUUUGUGAUUUAUUUAUCAUGUUUCCUCACUGACCUUUUUCAUUUCUCCUUAUAUCUGCAUAAAUGUAGCCCAGUUUUUUGCUGUUUGUCUUUAUUUUUACGAUUUAAGGUUCUCACGGUGGUGAGUACGAAGAUGGCCGUCUUCUGGGUUGUAGCACUGCGUAGUCUCGUAGAAGUGUGGCCUUGCUGCGCUACAAGACUUCAUGGCACUACAGUCCAGAAGACAUAAUUUUUGUUUGUAACGACCUUUCUAAUUCAAGUUUCUGGAUCAGUAGUUGUAAGUCUUUUGUCUACGAAUUUCUUUCUCAAACUUCUAGUUUCCUAGCAUCUCUGUGUGUCUCCAGCCUACAUCUUUAUUGCACAUAGGACAAUAUUUUCCCUAACACCCUUCAAUCUUCAGAUACGCAUUUUCUACUAUCCUAUACCUCCUCUAUCUUCCUGCAUACUUAAUUAAAUGUAUACUUUAUUUUCCCAUUACUCUUCGAUUCAUUGCAAAAUACCAGUGGUAUUUUCUCUCUAUAUCCACACACCUUUUACUUAAAUUCAUAUUCUUUCUUUCCACUUCCAUAUUAAACAAGUAAUUUUACUUCAUUUUUCACUUUGGUAUUUUUGAGGUAAAUUUUCUGUUAAAGACAGGUUUUAAUUUAGUACGUCAUGUUUCAUACAAGAUUUACUGUAAUGAAAUAAUAUUUGAAAUGUUUACAUCUCCACUAGUUUGUUUCUAGUGGCAUUGUUAGCUGUUGGUAACAUUUGUUUUAAAAUGAAUUUGCUGUGAUACACAUGGCUUCAGCAUAAAAGAGAAAUGCGGAAAAUAAUAAUAUAUGAACAUGUAAACAAGAAGGUAUUGACAGUAAUAAAUCAGUAUUUGUCCUUA